AUGGAAUCUUUGGCAACAAUCAUUCGUUUCGUCACGCUGAACUGCCGAACACUAUCGAGUGAACUCCAACAAGCCGCUCUAUCCAGACUUCUGCGAUAUCUCUGUGUGCCUUUUGCUGCACUGCAGGAAACACGCAUGAGAGAUCGGACGGUCAUCAGCAUCGAAAAUUACACCAUAUACUGCGGCGAUGCUGAUGAGAAUAGAGUAGGUGGCUGCGCGAUAGCUGUGAGGAACGAUUACAAGAACCUGGUGGAGGAAUUCGGCUCAACGUCGUCUAGAUGCGCCUUUCUACGACUGCAGGAUCGCGGAGGACGUAAACUCUGGAUCGUAAGUGCUCACGCACCUACGGAAACCGCUGAGGACAACAGUAAGGACAGCUUCUAUGAUGAACUCAAUGCGUGGUCAUUGUCGGAAUCGACGCAAAUGCGAAGAUGGGACUCGAACAGCAAUCCGAUGUGCUUGGGAAAUGCUCGACUACGUUCUGGCGAGGACUCUGACCACCGUCCAGUUCUUCUCAGCUUCAAGAUACGGUUCCACAAGAGAAAUCGAGGAGUUCCUCUUCAACCGAAAAUCGACAUGGCAGGUCUGAAAGACGAUGAAUGCAGAAGAAAAUUCCGCCAACGACGCUGCAAGGGAAACGCUUCCGGUUCUGUUGCCGCGGAAAAAGUUUGCCUUGCAUCUGCGAAAACAAAAUCCACAUACAAUUCUGUAUAUGUCGCGUGCAGCGCUGGUGACUUCAACCAGGAAAAGCGUCUCAGAAGGAAGCUGCGUCGUCAACUGCAACAAGACCGCGAUAACGAGUGGACGUCAAGAGCGAUGGAGUUUGAGAAGGCGUGGGAGGACAGGAACCCGCGGAAAGCCUACGCUCUACUAAAACAGUAUAGCGGCAAAAUGAAAAGAUGUUCCCAUGUCCUCAACACUGCUAAUGGGGCAGCUGUCGGUGAAGCAACCCUUCCAAUUUGGAAGGAACACUUCAAGACCUUGCUGAACCGACUAGCACCGUCAGCUCCUGAACUCGAACAGUUCAUAGACCGACAUAUGCGAAAAUCUGGUGGAGACGAUGGGAUUAACGCAGAAAUGCUAAAAUAUCUUCCUCCGUCUGGGAUUCGUGAGAUGAUAAAGAUCAUCCGUUCAAUAUGGAUAAACGAAAGCAUACCUGAUUCGUGGAGACACGCUGUCAUAAUUCCCCUCCACAAGAAGUUAUCCGUCACGCACCCAAGGAAUUAUCGAGGAAUCUCUUUGCUGCAUGUUAUGUACAAGGUACUGGAGCGGAUUAUCCUGGACCGACUCAUUAAACAUCGCGAAGAAACAACGCGCAACGAGCAAACUGGCUUUCGUCCUGGCCGAUCUACGAUUGACCAGGUGUUCAUCGUCAGGAGAGUGAUCGAAAUCUGGCAGCGGUAUUCAAAGCCAGUGCAAUUAGCGUUUCUGGAUUUUGAAGCCGCGUUCGACUCUCCUCACCGAGGCCGUCUUCUCAACGCGCUUCGCGCCGAUGGAGUAUCAGGAAAGUUCGUUCGCUUGCUUGACGACAUGAAUCAACGAAAAACUGCUGCAGUUCGAACACCAGCCGGAUGUACAACACCAUUUGAAGUGGUAACUGGAGUAAGACAAGGGGCGGUGGCAGGACCCUUCCUGUUCAAUUUCGCCAUCGACGACAUUAUGCGAAGAACAGUGAACCAGUGUCCUGCCGACAUUGUCUUAGCACCAUCAGGGUGCCCCUUGACUGACCUCGUAUACGCCGACGAUGUUGUUAUAUUCGCGGAAAGCAGUACGAAACUUCAACAUGUUGUCAACCUUGUAUCGAAGCUGGCUGCAGCCUAUGGACUACGCCUACGCCCUGAUAAAUGCAAGCAGAUGUGGACCUCUUCGAAACCUCGAACGGGAAUCAGGGUGGACGGACAACCGACAGAACUCGUCGAUGUGUUCUGUUACCUAGGCUGUAUGCUGAAAAACAAUGGUAGCUACGAGAGAGAUGUUCAGCAAAGAUGCGCUAAGUCCACUUCUGCAUUUAACUCCUUAACGAAAUGCCUGUGGUCGACCCCCGUCACCAACGAAGUUAAGCUGCGAGUCUACUUAUCCGCAAUUCGCCCCAUCAUGAUGUACGGAUCGGGGACUUGGGCAGCACCAUCAAGGGUUAUGGAGAAGCUUGACUGCACGGAACGAAAGCUGCUUAGACGGCUAAUUGGCUACUUUUGGCCUAGGGUAUGUCACAAUGAAGAUCUUUACGUAGAAAUUGAUGUGGUAUACCGGCGGAUGACACGUGGAAGACACCAAUAUCUUGCACCGCCAUCGAAAGUGGCUAAAGUAAAUCGUCUUCGCUUCUUUGGUCAUAUAGUAAGGAGACCGGCAUAUCGCCUUGUUCAGCGAGUUUUGAGGAGUUCGUCGGGUUCGAGCUGGAAGAAGCCACCUGGCCGAAAACGGAAGUUCUGGACUGAGGUGGUGAAAGAGGACCUGAGGACAAGCUCUCGCAGAAUAUCGAGAAAGUUGGGCAGAACUGUGUUUAAGGACGGCACACCUCGGCGAAGAUGCGGGUAA